AUGGAAAAUGUGUGUCCGACCGUACCCCUCGGUGUCGUCAUUGCAGAUCUAACCACCUUCCAGCUCGCGGAGAACGACAUGCUCGUCGAUGAGUAUGAGCAGUACCGCAAUGAGAAGACCGACGUCGUCGUCGUGUCCCGCUCCGGCUCUGACGAGCCCGAGCCCGCCCCGUCCGCUACUGACCAUGCCGCGAUGAUGGAGCGUGUCCUCCCGAAAAACCCUGAUCUCGAGACCGAAGAGGAAACCUACCACUCAUGGCACAUCGAAAAUUGGAGGAAGUUGGACCGUAAGCUUCACGGCCCGGUGUUCAAGUGUGGCGGAUCUCCCUGGCGCAUUCUCUUCUUCCCCUAUGGAAACCAUGCUGAGCACGCUUCGUUCUAUUUGGAGCAUGCCUGGGAGGGUGAACCGCCUGAAAACUGGUACGCCUGUGUACAAUUUGCGCUUGUUUUGUCGAACGUUAAGGAUCCCUCGAUGCACGUUUCUCACGUCGCUACCCACCGUUUUACCGCCGAGGAGGGAGACUGGGGUUUCACUCGAUUCUACGACCUCCGAAGUUUAUUCAAUGAAGCGUGGGAGGGCAAGAAUGUUCCUUUGGUUCAAGACGACGAGGCCAUCGUAACGGCCUAUGUGCGCGUUGUGAAGGACCCCACUGGUGUUCUCUGGCACAGUUUCCAAAACUAUGACUCCAAGAAAGAGACCGGUAUGGUUGGUCUCCGAAACCAAGGUGCUACUUGCUACUUAAACUCUCUGCUUCAAUCCCUAUACUUCACGAAUGCCUUCCGCAAGGCUGUGUAUCAAAUCCCCACCGAGAAAGAGGCCACGCGUGACAAUAGUGCUUGGACACUUCAGAGACUUUUCAACAAUUUACAGACCAGCGACUCGGCGGUUUCUACAACAGAACUCACCGUAUCCUUUGGCUGGGAUUCGAGACAAGCAUUUGAACAACAAGACGUACAGGAGCUGUCACGAAAGCUCAUGGAACGAUUGGAGGUGAAGAUGAAGGGCACAGUUGCCGAGAAAACCCUCUCCGAUCUUUUCGUCGGCAAGACGAAAACAUACAUUUCUUGUGUUAAUGUGCCUUUUGAGUCCUCCCGCGUGGAGGAAUUUUGGGAUAUUCAACUCAACGUUCGGGGCAUGAAGACCCUGGAUGACAGCUUUAGAGACUACAUUCAGGUCGAGCGCUUAGAUGGAGAGAACAAGUACGAUGCUGGUCCGCCCCACGGCCUACAAGACGCGGAUAAGGGUGUCAUCUUCGAAAGCUUCCCCCCAGUUCUGCACCUUCACCUGAAACGUUUUGAAUACGACCUCAACCUCCUUACGAUGAUGAAAGUAAACGACCGACACGUAUUCCCGAUGGAAUUUGAUGCUGCACCUUAUCUCUCCAAAGAUGCCGAUUUUACGGAGCCUUGGGACUAUGAGCUCCAUGGUGUUCUUGUGCACAGCGGUGGCCUUGACGCUGGUCACUACUAUGCAUUCCUGAAACCUUCACAGGAUGGUCACUGGUACCGCUUUGACGAUGACCGUGUAAAUCGAGUUACCGAGAAGGAAGUUCUCGAGGAGAAUUACGGAGGGGAGUACGAACUUACGAACGGAAGUGCCGGUGUCAAACAGCCCUUCACUCGUCAAUACUCCACGAAGCGAUCGAUGAACGCUUACAUGUUGGUUUAUAUUCGCAAGUCGCGAGUGAACGAUGUUCUUCUCCCGAUUGGCCAAGACGAUGUGCCUUCUCAUAUUGAAAAGCGCCUGGCCGAAGACCGCGCAGAAAUGGCACGUCGCAAGAAGGAAAGAGAGGAGGCUCAUCUGUACAUGAACAUUGGUGUCUUGACCGAGCAGACAUUCCAGUCUCACCACGGAUUCGAUUUGACCAGUAACGAUUUGUCCCAAGAAGACCCAGCCCUUCCUACCCCAUACCGGGUUUUGCGGACAAAGAAGGUCAGGGAAUUUGCGCAGGAGAUGGCCGAAGAACGGGGACUUGAUGCGCGGGCCAUCCGCUUUUGGGUAAUGGUCAACCGUCAGAAUAAGACCACUCGGCCAGACCAGGUCAUUAAGGACCAGGAAAUGACCGUCGAAGAGGCCUACACCAAGUUCGGCACCAAGGGAAACGUUUUCCGUGUUUGGAUGGAGGUUGCUCCCAGUGUCCCUGAGGGCGACAACCCCCCAUGGCCCGACAACGACACAAUCCUCGUCUUCCUGAAGAACUUCGACGUGGCCGCUCAAACCCUGACUGGUGUUGGUCCUGUGUAUGUUCGCAAGAACCAGAAGGUAUCUGACUUGGCGCCUACUAUUCUCUCCAGAAUGAAGUGGCCUGCGGGCACCGAGUUUUUGCUGUUCGAGGAGAUCAAGCACAACAUGAUCGAUGUCAUGAAGCCUAAACAGACAUUCCAACAAUCUGAGAUCCAAGAUGGCGACAUCAUUACCUUCCAGCGCCAGGUCAAGGACUCGGAGCUUCCGUCUACAGUCAUUUACCAAGAUGCCAGACAAUUUUAUGACUACCUUCUGAACCGCAUGGAAGUUUCCUUCGCUCCCAUCAAGUCCGUCGAGGGUCAGGAGUCCGCCGAGUUCACGCUGACUCUCAGCCGGAAGAUGACCUACGAUCAAUUCUCCAAGAAAGUGGCUGAACACCUCAAUGUGGAGCCCACGCAUUUGCGAUUCUCGCCUGUUCUAGCCAGCAACGGCAAGCCCAAGGCUUCAAUCAAGCGGAACGUCACUUCUACCCUUGCUCAAAUUCUUAGUGGGCAAUAUGGUACUUAUGGUUACACCAUGCACCGGCCUGAUGCUCUUUACUACGAAGUUCUGGAAAUGAGCCUCAGUGACUAUGAGAGCAAAAAAUGCAUAAAGGUCACAUUGCUCCCCGAGGGCAUCACCAAAGAGGAAGUUGUCGAGGUCCUGGUUGCCCGUAACGGCAAUGUCGCCGAAAUUUUGUCUGAAUUGCAGACAAAGGCAAACUUGAACGAUGAGACUGCUCAUGAUCUGAGACUCCUCGAGGUGAUGGGCGGAAAGAUCAAGCAGGAGCUCCGAGACGACUAUAGUGUGACGAACAUCAAUGAUUACUCUACUCUUUAUGCCGAGCGCACUCCGGCUGAGGAGUUGAACAAGGAUGAUGAGGAUAGAAUCAUCAGUGCCUUCAACUUUGACCGUGAGCCUAGCCGCACCCACGGCGUUCCGUUCAAGUUUGUUGUGAAGCCGGGUGAGAUCUUCAAGAAGACCAAAGAGCGUCUCUCAAAGCGCACAGGGAUCAAAGGCAAGCCUUUCGAGAAGAUCAAGUUUGCUGUUAUACCUCGUGCGUCCUUCUCCAGUCCCAAGUACAUCGAAGAUGAUGACAUUCUUUCCGACAUUGCUGGUCCCGAAGAUUAUCUUGGCCUUGACCACGCUAGCAAGAGCCGGGGCUUCUGGGGUAGAGACUGA